AUGGAUCUAGAUGCAUUCCUGAAUAAAAAGAGCAAGAAGCUCGCGGGGGGAAAAAAGAAGGCCAAGACGGGCGAGCUUUCGGAGAAGGAGCGGGCGGAGCUAGGAAUAGACGUCUUUGGCGGACUGGAUAGCGCCCCAUCCAUCACGCCGGAGGCGACGAGAGCGGGAAGCGGCCACGUCCCGAGCAAUGAGGGAACCGUCGCGUCCCCCAUCGACAACCGCGUGUCAGGAGUCGUCACUUUAUCAAGCAGCGCCCCCGUAGAGGCAGUCGCCGCUGAUGCCGUCGAGGAGGACGAUGGGGAUCACACGGAAGUGGUUAUGCAGGUGGUCAAGACAUCCGAAAAGAAGGUGAAGGGGUGGGAUGACGUGAAGCCGGCGUCUGCCUCCGUGGGGGACUUGCUGGCAAAGGCAGCCGAAAAAUCCGGACCGCGAAGAUUUGUGGCACGUGGGAAGGACGAGUCAACGGGACCGCUGGGGCGCGGUGCAAACCUCAGCUCUUCCGACUUGCCAACACUGGAAGAAGUUGUGAGUGGGAAUGCCAAGAAGACGGAGUCUUCCCCGGCGUCUCCGUUGGAAACGGCUGGCGCCAAAACAGCUGUUUCUAGUGGCGUCUACCAGCCACCCACGGAAAAGCUGUCUAUGAAUGCAGACGUGCCAUCAACUAACAAAACUGAGGGAACACCGAUUUCGCCCACGGACAACUCUUCGGCUGGAGCAUACAAGCCACCCACGGACAGGCCAUCGGCUGGUGCGUACAAGCCACCCACAGACAGGCCAUCGGCUGGUGUGUACAAGCCACCCACGGACAGGCCAUCGACUGGUGCGUACAAGCCACCCACGGACAGGCCAUCGGCUGGUGCGUACAAGCCACCCACGGAAAAGCCAUCGGCUGGAGCAUACGUGCCAUCAACUAACAAAACUGAGGGAACACCGAUUUCGCCCACGGACAACUCUUCGGCUGGAGCAUACAAGCCACCCACGGACAGGCCAUCGGCUGGUGCGUACAAGCCACCCACGGAAAAGCCAUCGGCUGGAGCAUACGUGCCAUCAACUAACAAAACUGAGGGAACACCGAUUUCGCCCACGGACAACUCUUCGGCUGGAGCAUACAAGCCACCCACAGACAGGCCAUCGGCUGGUGUGUACAAGCCACCCACGGACAGGCCAUCGACUGGUGCGUACAAGCCACCCACAGAUAGGCCAUCGGCUGGUGCGUACAAGCCACCCACAGAUAGGCCAUCGGCUGGUGCGUACAAGCCACCCACGGAAAAGCCAUCGGCUGGAGCAUACGUGCCAUCAACUAACAAAACUGAGGGAACACCGAUUUCGCCCACGGACAACUCUUCGGCUGGAGCAUACAAGCCACCCACAGACAGGCCAUCGGCUGGUGUGUACAAGCCACCCACGGACAGGCCAUCGACUGGUGUGUACAAGCCACCCACAGAUAGGCCAUCGGCUGGAGCAUACAAGCCACCCACGGACAGGCCAUCGGCUGGAACAUACAAGCCACCAAGCAAAAACAAUGCCCUUCCAAGCAACUAA